UGUUUCUCCCUGUCUGUAGCUAUCUUAACGACCUGGACCGUAUAGCAGAACCUGCCUAUCUGCCCACCCAACAAGAUGUGCUUAGAGUUCGAGUCCCAACAACAGGGAUCAUUGAAUAUCCAUUCGACUUACAAAGCGUCAUUUUCAGAAUGGUGGAUGUAGGAGGCCAACGAUCAGAAAGAAGAAAAUGGAUACAUUGCUUUGAAAAUGUCACAUCUAUCAUGUUUCUAGUAGCCCUUAGUGAAUAUGAUCAAGUACUUGUGGAGUCGGACAAUGAGAACCGAAUGGAGGAAAGCAAAGCACUGUUUAGGACAAUUAUCACAUAUCCGUGGUUCCAGAACUCUUCAGUCAUUCUGUUCUUAAAUAAAAAAGAUCUUCUAGAGGAGAAAAUUAUGUACUCUCAUCUAGUUGACUAUUUCCCAGAGUAUGAUGGACCCCAGCGAGAUGCACAGGCAGCACGAGAGUUCAUUUUGAAGAUGUUCGUGGACCUGAAUCCUGACAGUGACAAAAUUAUCUACUCUCACUUCACAUGUGCUACAGACACAGAGAAUAUCCGCUUCGUCUUUGCUGCUGUCAAGGACACUAUCCUACAGUUAAACCUGAAGGAGUACAACCUGGUCUAACUGUGCCUAGUAGGCCCCCCAAAAUUCCCUUCGGGCAAUUGAAGAUAUACAAGAGGGACUGUAUUAUCUGUGAAAACGACUUGCAUAAUACUAAUUUAUUGCCGGCCUGGACUCUGUGAAUGUUCACAGAGUUUGUAGUAAAUAUUAUGAUUUUAUUUAAACUAUAUUGAGGAAAAACAAAAGAUGCUGAAAUACAUUCACAGCAUGUUUCCUCAUUUUUUAGGCAAAACCUUGUGACUCAGUGUGUUUUAAAUUCUCAGUCAUGCACUCACAAAGGCUAGGGUUUUUUUUGCUAUUGAGGGAAAAUCAAGCUGAUUUCCCCUUUCCUUACUCUUUCUUUCUCACUCUGUCCCCUUUACUCCGCUGCAUUUAUUAUUGUUUUCAAAGGUACAAUGGCCUUUUUUUUCCAGUUGCAUUCCUUGGCAAACUGUUUUCUCUACAGUGAUCUGAUCAGGAAAAUACUAUCAUCACAAUUUAAACCAUCAAUCAUUCUAAUUUUACAGUAUGUACUUUUUCUGAAAGAUCAAAAGUAUUGAUACUGUGAUUUUAAAAUUCUUGACAUGGAUAUUUUGCAAACUGUCUUCACACUGUGGGCUAGGAUAUUGGGAUCAAAAACAGCAGUUGUAGUAACAUGGAUUUUAACUUUAGCUAUAACAUGGCAAAUCAGAACGAUGCAUAGAAGACAGUAAUGAAAUUACUAAGGCAAAAUGGCGAUGUGGAAUAUGAUCGAAUUUCUUUUUAAUUGCCAUGUGUCCUUUCUUCUUUCUUUUCUUUCAAAUCAUAGAUGCCAAACAAAAAUGCCAUAGACACUACAUUUUCCCCAGCGGCUGCAGCCUGAAACAGUGUUUUUUCAGGUUGAUUUUGUUUGUUUGUUUUUAUUUUUUGUUUUUUGUUUUGUUUUUUAGCUAGAGCUUUUUAAAUAUUUUUGACCACAAUUUAAACAUUAUUUUUAUUGUAUAAAAAAAAUUCAUGUUGCCAAACGUGGCUUUUUAUAAAACCAAUAGCUUUGAAACGUAAGAUACUAAUUGAAAUGCCAAAUUGAUUGAUUGGGAAAUGACCUGAUUGAGACAACUGCCAAAUGAUAAAGAAUUAAAGUUUUAGCUCAUAUGUUCUCCCCCCCCCCCUUUUUUUAAGAAAGUGUUCCAUUUUGAAUGCCAAAAACAGCAGGGAGUGAAAAUUCUGUUGGGUGCAUCAUGCACAUGCAUAUUGUCUAUACUAAUUUAAAGACAAUUUUACUCUGUCCUUAUGUCAAAGUAUGAGAGUACAGGGUACAUUUUCUGCAGUAAUAUCAAGGCACCUUUGGUUGUGAAACAUGAAAUUACUGAUGAGUAAUCAUAUUCAGGACCCUAUCUUGAUACGGCUGCUAGUUAAUUGAUUGACAGAUAUCUAAUAGGCUUAAUACAAAGUAGCCUCUCUCAGUGUUCCAUAGAAAUAUUUAUUAAAUGAAACAGCAAAGAUCUUACUUUUGAACUCUAAAUGUGCAAUUUUUUUAAACAACAAAGAGAGCACACACAUGUAUGAGGCUCUAUUCUGCAGGUUGGGUUGAAAAAACAUUUUUUAACCAGUCACAAGACUGCUAGCAAGCUGCAGAGAACUCAGAGGUCUGACGUGUAAUUGGACUGAUUAUCCACAAUACCAUGCAGCACUAGAGUGCAUUUAUGUAGAAUUGCUCCUUCAGAGCAGCGGGGGGCCGGGGAAGAAUGGCUCACUAGUUGAGUACCAAAGUUAACAAUGAAUACUAAUGAGAUGUGGUUCAUCUUUAACCCGCCACAACAAUAACAAAAGUUGUAUUUUUUUCUCCCUCAUGAGACACCGUGUAAUUUAAAACUGGUUGUAGGUAUAGUGCAAUUAUGAAUGCUAUAAUCAUUGUACAUACAUCUAUCUAUCUAUCUAUAUAUAUCUAUAUAUAAUAUAGAUAUAAUAUAUUAUAUCAUAUCUAUAUUAUAUAUAGAUAUAAAUAAUAUGGCAGCAUCCAUAUUGGCUUUGUAAUCAUUAAUUUUUUGGCAGAUUGAAUGUGCUGUAUUGAUAUGUAUCUAUGUAAUUGUAUUGUAUGUCUUAUAGCUAAUUCACAUUUUAAAUAAUGUUAUUUUAUUUACUUUUUUAAGAGAGAAGAA